CGGGAUUGUCCCUCGGCGGCUGCCGUAGCGUGAUCGGGUACGUUGCCAUGGAGACGCGCUAGGCCAGGGAAGUGGGCUGCGCGCGCUGAACGGACCCUACUUUUCGACUCGGACGGCUGUGGCCUCCGCGUGAUCGUGGAGCGGGUAACCGGUUUUCCAUGGACACAGCCUAGCAGAAAGAUGCGGCCUGCAUGUCUCACUGGCCGCUGACCACCGGCCUGAUGACCGCAUCUCCCUGUACCUCCCCGCUUCAGUUCCCACGGCCCUCGGUCAGCGGCCUCUCCCAGAUCACCAGCAGCCUGUAUAUCAGCAAUGGGGUGGCCGCCAACAACAGGCUCAUGCUCUCCAGCAACCACAUCACCUCGGUCGUCAAUGUCUCGGUGGAGGUGGUGAGCACCUUGUAUGAAGACAUCCAGUAUGUGCAGGUGCCUGUGGCCGACACUCCCACGGCACAUCUCCGUGACUUCUUCGACCCCAUUGCCGACCACAUCCACGAUGUCGGGAUGAAGCAGGGCCGCACGCUGCUCCACUGCGCGGCCGGUGUGAGCCGCUCGGCUGCCCUGUGCCUCGCCUACCUCAUGAAGUACCACACCAUGUCCCUGCUGGAGGCCCACGCCUGGACCAAGUCCUGUCGGCCCAUCAUCCGGCCCAACAGUGGAUUUUGGGAGCAGCUCAUUCACUAUGAGUUCCAGCUGUUUGGCAAGAACACCGUGCGCAUGGUCAGCUCCCCCGUGGGCAGGGUCCCUGACAUCUACGAGAAGGAGGUUCGUUUAAUGAUUCCACUGUAAGCCAUGCCCCCGACCCCUGCAUCGGGGGUCAGAGGUGCAGAUCUGCCAUUGAUCCUGCACUAAGAACUGAAACAUCCUACUUUUGUGCUACAGAAAAAAAAACAUGUUGCCUUUUAUCAGAGCAAUAAAAAAGGAAGCGUGCCGUA